AUGACCCAAAACCCUUCACCCUGGGGGCCCCCCAUGGGGGCCCCCUCGGGGGAAACCCACAACGGGGGCCCCCUCUCGGGGGGCCCCCACUCCGCGGGGGACCCACAUCUAUCAGGGGGCCCCCUCUCGGGGGGCCCCCAUCUAUCAGCAACCAACCAUAUGGCUGCGGGUACCCUCUCGGGGGGCCCCCAUAUGUCAGGGGGGCCCCUAUCGGGGGCCCCUAUGUCAGGGGCCCCCCUAUGCAUGCAUCCUGCAUGCAUUGAGAAUCGCUUAAAGAAGCAAAGUGAACACCCGGAUGAUGCUUUCACAAACCCAUAUCCUCCUGCUGCUGCUGCUGCUGCUGUUGCUGUUGCUGCUGCUGCUGCUGCUGCGGGGGGCCCCCAUAUGUCAGGGGGGCCCCUAUCGGGGGCCCCUAUCUCAGGGGCCCCCCUAUGCAUGCAUCCUGCAUGCAUUGAGAAUCGCUUAAAGAAGCAAAGUGAACACUCGGAUGAUGGUUUCACAAACCCAUAUCCUCCUGCUGCUGCUGCUGCUGCUGUUGCUGUUGCUGCUGCUGCUGCUGCUGCUACUGUCGAGACAGGCCAUAAGGACAGUCUCCUUUCUUGUGCUGCAGCAGAUGCUGUGGGGUUCAAUGCGCAAGGGGGCCCCCCAGCUGAUCCGGGGGCCCCCCUCAACCCCUAUUCUAAAAGCUGCUAUGCAGAAGCAGCAGCAGCAGCAGCAGCUGCUGCUGCUGCUGCUGCAGCAGCAGAAGCAGAAGAGAGCAGCAGCCACCUGGAGGCCCUCAAGGGGGCCCCCAAAGAAGUUGUAGAGACAGAAGAAGAGACAGAGUCUGAAGGCGUGCUGCUGCCCGCAUUAUCUCUAAAGCGUUUGCAGGGUCAGGGGGCCCCCACAAACAGGUUUAUAGAUGGGGGCCCCCUCAGCGAGUGCACAACAAGAGCUACAGCAGCAGGCUGGCUUGAUUCGGGUUCUUUGUCUUCUAUUUCUCCCCUCGAUGCGGGGGCCCUAGAAGGGUACUGGGGCCCCUCCUCGCAGCACACGCCCCCAUCAGCGGGGCCCCUACGCACCCUCAUGGGGGGGCCCCCCCCAGGGGGGCCCCCUGGGGGGCCCCCAGGGGGGCCCCUAGAUGACAGUUCCACACACACAGAUACCAGAAGGGUACUACACACCCAUGAGGGGCCCCACCAACAGAGACAGACAAAUGGAGGCAACAUAUAUAAAGGGGGGGGGGCCCCCCCCCUUGCUGCUGCUUCUCUAUUGAGCGAGCGGAGCUGGGAGAGGGGGCCCCCAGGGGCCCCCCCUACCGCAGUGCAGCAGCAACUGACAUUGGGGGGUGGUAGCUCUAUGUGGGUACCGGGGGAGGGCCCCCUGCAGCAGCCAGCAGUGGGGGCCCCCCUCCCUCGGUGUCUCUCUGUAGGAAAUUAUGGUGUGAUAGAUGGGGCCCAGUCACAGCAGCAGCAGCAGCAGCAGCAACAGCAGCAACAGCAGCAGCAGCAGCAGCAGCAGCAGCAGCAGGAAAAAUACAUCCAAAGAGACGGCUUAGAGGCCCCAGCAGAAUGGGGUUUACUUGGGGGGGCCCCCGCAGCACCAACAGGUGGCCCCCCAACGGGGGGCCCCCAGUGGCUGGCUGCAGUGGAGAGCAGCUGCCAGGGGGGCCCCCCCCAGGAGGUCCCUGGGGAGGGGCCCCUAGAGGGGGGCCCCCCCCUCAGCGGGGGGCCCCUCAGUGGGGGCCCCAUCGUCGGGGGGCCCCUGGGGGGGGGGCCCCUCACCGGGGGGGGGCCCCUAGGGAGAGAAAGCUGGGUAUCUAUUCUGCUGGAUGAGUCUAUGGCUGACAAAGAGGAGACAGAGAGGAGACAAAUAUCAGGCCCAAAGGAGACAGCACCCCACACCACCCACCACACAGCAGCACUGAUACACCCAGAAGACAAAGACAGUGAGUCCCCAGCUGCAGCAGCAGCAGCAGCAGCAGCAGCAACAGCAGCAGCAGCAGCAGCAGCAGCAAGAACUGCAGCAGAAGUGGCAGGGGCAUUUGCAGCGCAGCAGCAGCAGCAGCAGCAGCAGCACGUACGGCAGGGGAAGCCGUCAGUAGUUCUGACGCUGCAGCAUCAGGAUCAGCAGCAGCAGCAACACAACAACCACCACCACCACCAUCAGCAGCAGCAGCAACACCCGGCCCUCAAUCAUCAUCAUCAUCAUCAGCAGCAGCAGCAGCAGCAGGAGCAGCAGCAGCAGCAGCAGGAGGAGGGGGUAGUGUAUUAG